CACACCCGCACAAAACUGCCCCACUUUCUUGGCCCUGACGGUUCGCAACCGCCCACGUUUAUUAGCCAACACAACUCAAACUCUCACCACCUCUCAUGUUAUAUCACCCCGCUCUCUCUCCCAUUUCUCCACUAAGCACAACUUCUCACAAAAAUAUGUUCACAGGAGCUACAACUAGUAAUACUGAUCACCAAAUCCUGCAUUGCCCUCCAAUGCCAAUGCCAUUGCCAUCAAUGGACCGGAGAUAUAAAUCCACAGCUGAAAUUGCUCCCAAUUGUCCACGUUGCGCCUCUGCAAACACCAAGUUUUGUUACUAAAACAACUACAGCUUGUCGCAGCCGCGGUACUUCUGCAAAGGCUGUAGAAGAUACUGGACCAAAGGGGGUUCGCUCAGAAAUGUGCCUGUGGGCGGUGGAUGUCGCAAGAAUCGUAGAGCCAAGUCGGCUUCGAGGCUCAACGAACGUGUUUCGGUGAAUUAUAGUAAGAGUUUCAGUGGCUUUGACGAUUACGUGAAUGAGCAAACCAAGGGUUUUUCCUCUGAUGGGGACUCGGUUGGACAACCCAGUGGGUCAGAUAUUGACAUGGCUGUCGUUUUUGCAAAGUUUCUGAACGAGAGUUCGAGCAAUUCUGAAAAUAUUCCUGAAGAGUUUGUUUCCCAGGAAUUGGAUAAUGUCUCCAAUUCUUUCACUCCGGAUAGUGUCCAAAACGAUGCAACGAUGGAAUGCCAGAAGACGAGUGAUGAUCCGGUUCUUGAAGAAUUCAAUCAAAUUCUUGUUGGGGAGAAAGAACAACAAUGUCAAGGUUUCUCGGAAAUGAGUGACGUAAAUAGUGCCGCAUUUGAAUUGCAAACUUUGCUAGAUGAUGAAGUUGUUGUUCCGAAUUUACCGUGGGCGGAUCAUGCGGCUGUAACUCUGCCAAAUAUUUCAUGGCAAUCGGUGUUCCAAUUGCAAGAGUUCGAUUCAUAUGCGCCCAAUCACGAUCAGUUAUUGGCUUCUGCAAAUCUAAUGAACGAUAAUUGGAGCAAUUCCUUCGAUUUCUCAACCGGGUUUGAAGUCUACUCAAGACCUUAAUUAUUGAUAUAUAAUGUACAAGUUGUCUUUUUUUUUU